AUGACUGCACAUCACGCUAAAUUGGUCUGUUCUGACGUGAUUAUGGUGAUAGAUUAGGCGCGCCAUUGCGUUCCUGAACCUCAAUCUCGUACGACUCCGCAUCCCGCUCGUCGUGCCUGCGAAUCCCGCACAACUUAAAGUCUUACAGUUGACAGCCAACAGCUGUUCGCUUCCUCGUCCAAUGCAUUGAACCAUCAUGAAGUCUUUCAUUGGCCAUAUAUCAGCCUGGCUACAGGCACAAACCCAAAUCCCUCUUGGUUCAUCUGGUGUUCGGGAUAUUUCAAGCCGAUGCUCGAUAGACGUGCUGGCGAAGCCGGAUCUCUUUGGCGCUGAGAUAAUUAACAUGUCUGCUUAUAAGGUCACCGAUUACGCAGCGCAAGAAGCAACGGCUCUGGAAGUAGCCGAAGGAGUUAAAUUGAACUUCUGCAACAUCACCGUCACCUAUACUCAUCCUGGACAACAUGACAACAUUAACGUGCACAUUUGGCUCCCACUUGAUGAUUGGAACGGCAGAUUCAUGGCUGUCGGUGGAGGUGGUUGGAUCACUGGCCACCCAAGCUUUGAUUCACAAGUCAAAGCGGGUUAUGCUGCUGCAAGCACUGACGGUGGACAUGGACUGGAACGAUCAGCGGCAUCAUGGGCUUUGACCAGUCCUGGCAACGUGAAUUGGAAUCUGCUACAAGACUUCGCAUACAGAGCACUCGACGACAUGGCUACUGUUGGCAAGGCUGUCACGACCUCUUUCUACGAGACUGAACCCAAGUACUCUUACUGGAACGGAUGCUCGACUGGCGGUCGACAAGGUUUGAUACUUGCACAGCGCUCGCCCAAACUCUUCGAUGGCAUUUUAGCAGCAGCUCCUGCUAUUGACUGGCCAACUUUUGUGGUCUCUGCCUAUUGGGCUCAGCAGCGCAUGAAUCGACUCAAUUCGUACCCUUCGACGUACGAACUGAAUGUAUUCAAGGCUGCUGCAACAGAAGCCUGUGACAAUCUUGAUGGUCUGACCGAUGGAAUAAUUGGAGCACCAGGUCUAUGCCGUUUUGACCCGCAUACAGUCGUUGGCAAAACAUAUAAGCAAGAUGGCGUCGAGAAACAACUCACGUCUGCAGGUGCACGCAUAGCACAGGCAGCUUGGUCCGGGCCUGUCGAUGCUGACGGCAACGCCGCUUGGUUUGGCGUCAAUCAAGAUGCAAUUCUCAGAUCAGCCGACGACGCUAUCGUAGUAGGCGAAAAUCAUCGCAAGACGCUUACUAUUCCAGAGGAGUGGAUGAGUCUCUUCGUCGUCAAGGAUCCAUCAUACGACACGACCAAUAUGACCGACGCAGAAUACUUCUCUAUAUUGAAAGCUUCUCAGAGGGAGUACAACUCUAUCAUCGGCUCGAAUUGGCCAGAUCUGUCAGAAUUUCGCAAUGCAGGCGGCAAGAUGAUUACCUGGCAUGGUCUUGCGGACGAUCGAAUUCCGCCGAACGGAACCUCGCACUACUAUGAGCAAGUGCUGAAAGCAACCUCGAAUGUCUCCGACUUCUACAGAUACUUCGAGGCACCUGGCGUCGGUCAUUGCGCAGGUGGAGCUGGACCUGCACCAGAUGCACACAAAGACUUGGUGAGAUGGGUUGAAGAAGGCAUUGCGCCUGACACUCUUCGGGCUGUUAGUCAACAUGGAGACGGUACUGUCAGAGAGCUAUGCCAGUAUCCUCUUGUGCAACGAUACGUCGGGGGCGAUCCAAAGAUUGCUGCUUCAUUUGAGUGUGCAGCUGGAUUUGCUUGAUUCAGCGUCAAGCAGAGCUACUAAGGUAUGGCUUGCUUUCGAGAAUGAGAGUCAACUCGCGUUCAGGAUGCAGUGCGAGGUUUUGCUAGCUUGCAAGCCUCGGAAGUGGGAGGAGACCCGGUGCAAAACAUAGCCCUCGGCGGUCAUCGCAGUCUACCACACGUGCUUUGGUCGCUUGUUACACAGUUACACAGUCCGUCGGUCUCUCUGCUUUGCGCAUACCGUUCAAUAAUAAUCUCACUGCAAUGCCGGCAGCAAUCAUGUUUCUGCUGUCCAAUCACGAUAGACCCUGACUCCUGAGAGUUGAGGAAUGACGAAGCACCGGUGACAAAAAG